AUGGCAGAUGUUAGCACAACGCUGUUUUUUGAGAAACCGGAGAAUAUGACUAACGAACCUACAGAGACAGUUUCCACCAACGCUACAAGUCCUUUGAUUCCAUCCUACCUGGAAUUUUAUAACUGGAUAAAUGACGAAGCUGAAAAGCUACCUUAUUACAAAGCAGCUUUUGUGUUCAAGGUAGGCUAUUUUUAUGUAUUGCCUAUUGUAGCACUGGUGUGUAACUUUCUGACAGUGGGAACCAUGAUGCGCCUUAAACCCUUCACCAGCACUUCGCUGUACAUCUGCAGCCUUGCCAUCGCAGAUACCCUAGUUCUCUUUCUAAGGUCCUUGUCAGAGAUGGUGGAAGAUUUCGAUCUGCAGCUUGGGGAUUACGGUUGUGGAGUUCUGACUUUCGUCCUUAACCUCAUGGUUCAUGUUGCCGUGUGGACAAUCGUGGUCAUGACACUUGAGCGGUUUGUCGCCGUGGUCUACCCGCUUCACGUUACCGCCUUGUUUACAAUGAAGAAAACCAAGCUGUCAAUUGCCAUGCUAUACGUUGUCUUCUCUUUGAUCGACGCGCACUUCAUCUACACCUACAGCAUGGGUUAUACCGAUUCCAGACAUUCCGGCUAUUACUGCAGACAUAGGCCCGGCACAACCUUUUGGUCGUACAACAUUUGGUUCUGGUUAAACAGCGCUCUAUUUGCCAUCAUUCCCUGCUCAUCGCUAUUGAUUCUGAACAUCGUCAUCAUUGUCGGAAUGAGGUCAUCCUUGAAGAAGCAGAAGCGGAUGGUCCUAGAUGACAGCGGUAAAAAGGACGCGCAGCAGAGACAGGUGACUGUUAUGUUACUGUCAAUGUCCUUCGCUUACAUAGUCUUCUUUGUCCCCGUUUCCAUCUAUAUGGUGGCUUCGAUUGGAUUCAACGUCUACGAGAGUCCCGAGAUUCUAGCCUGGUUUAUGUUCGUAACUCGGGUCGUAUUCUUUUUCAGCAGUUUGAACCACGCUGUCAACUUCGUGUUCUAUUUCGCAAGCAACAGUAGAUUUCGCGUCGCACUCGUUCAGUUCUUGAAAUGCCAGAAAGUUUCCGCGAAGAAAGUGGUCAAGGUGAAAACGGGCGAUUCCACUGUCAACACGGUGAGUUCAGGCGUGUCGUCCACGGGAAAUCAAGCAAAUGGGACACACAGUGCUGACAACGGCGAGGCUUCACAGUCGUGUACGAACCCUAACCAUACAUUGCCCAAUUCCAAUGGCCUAAACCAUUCGCUAAACCGCGCCGGUGAAACAAGCCACAGCACCUCUCAAUCACAGCCAUCGGCUCUGGAGUCAUCGCGCCUCUAG